AUGGUGGCUGAGCAGUACGCGCUGCAGCCACAGGCAGCCCCUGCACCUCCCUUCCUGGCUUUAGCCUGUUCUCAGAACACAAACAGAACCUGUGAAGAGUGCCUGAAGAACGUCUCCUGUCUGUGGUGCAACACUAACAAGGCAUGUGUGGACUACCCAGUCACAAAAAUCCUGCCUCCUGGUUCACUUUGCAAACUGAGUUCUGCACGCUGGGGUGUUUGUUGGGUGAACUUCGAGGCGCUGAUCAUCGCCAUGUCAGUGGUGGGGGCGGCCAUCCUCCUGGGCAUCGCUGUCUGCUGCUGCUGCUGCUGCCGGAGGAAGCGGCGUCGGGAGCUGGACAAGAGUGACGAGAAGGAGAUGAGAGAGCGGGAAGAGCGGCGGAUGCGGCAGGAAGAAAGGAGAGCAGAGAUGAAGUCAAGACAUGAUGAAAUCAGAAAAAAAUAUGGCUUGUUUAAAGAAGAAAACCCUUACGCUAGAUUCGAAAACAACUGAAACGCUGUGACUCUCCAGGCAAGCCAAAGCAUCCUGUGCGUGCCCCUCCGCACGCCCCGGCAGGGGAGACGCCCGCCCUCGUCUUGUUCCUGACCUUGGCCGAGUGCCCCUGCCACCCUCCAGGACAGGCACUCGGGGAGCUGCCCUGGAAGACAGCUCUUCUCUGUUCCUGCACACUUGCGACCUCUCUUCUGUUCCCUGUUACCUCUUUUUCUGCAGUCACUUGGGACAGGAAACCUUUGGGGGUAGUUUUUGUUUUUCUGAGGAGGAAAUGUACGUAUUCAACUACUCUUCUCGAUUUAUUAGCUCGUUGUAAACUAAGCAGCCUAACAGCACCAAUUUUUCUGUGCAGUUAAUUUUUCUGUGCAGCGGCAGAAUUCUUGAGUUCAUCUCUGCCCACUGACAAGCUUCACACAGCAGCAGAUGAAAGUCGGUUUUACUUCUGUUGCAGGGAGAAUGGACCAGGCCCUCACCAUUUCCCUAUACGCCAUGGACAGGAUCUGUGGCCUGUCUGUGCACGGCCUGGCAUGCCCGUCUCGCUUGACUCCUCACCUGGGUUGCCUCGGUGGCUUUUGCUGAAGACAGCGUUCCAGCUCACAGACUAAUAGGGAUCCCCUUCCUGACCCCAACUGUAUCGAGUAGCAUUGAGGAAUACGUAAAAUCACUGUCAUUUUUUCAAAAAUAAUUUUAGGAUUCUUUCCUCCAUCUAAAAGAGUUCACCAAAAAGCUUUCAUAUAAAAAUUCAGACCCCUUACUGGACAAUUUAAAAAAUUUGUAUCUUUAAUAGAACAUGGGAACCUUUUUCCCAGUAGAAACUUGAUUUAUCAGUGCAGUUUCCAGCCCUGCCUCUAAGGCACUGGUGAGCUGCCUGUGCGCCGGCGGCAGGAGGAGGGCGCUGUUGCGCUUUCCACACCGGCUGGCGUGCAGAGUCUGCAGGAGUCCAGUCGAGUUGCAGAUCUCUCUGCUCCUCAGGCUGUCUGGUGGGGUGCCUUCCCGAGGAGGAGGGAGGGUUCCUCCACGGGCCCUGGAAGCAGGAGUGUCCAGGGCCGGCUGAGAGGCCCCUGCACAGCACCCAGCAGACACUGACGAGCGUCCUGCCUCGGGAGGUCACUGGCUUCCAGCCACUCUGCCUGGGCGUGUUUUGAGCAUUCCCUUCAGAGCCAGCGUCUCUGAGAGUUCUUCAAUGGCACUCCAGGUACCCAUGAUGCAGUGCGUGUCACACAUUUCCUUAAAAUCAAGAUACAUGACUUUAGUGAGUGGACCAAGCACUUCAUAGCAAGGAGAGCAAUAUACAAUGAAAUAACUAUGUGAAAAGCUUUGCUUAAAAAAAGAAAUUGAGAAUAGCCCCAGUUGCCAGAUUGCUUUGAAUUCAAAAAAGUUUUGCUUUGGGAAAAUAGGUCGACAGCACCUAAAAUAAGCAAUGUGUUCUCUUUUCACACUUACAAUCAUGCUGUCAGAGAAAACUGUCUUCGGCAUGAAAUAAAGUUCACAGACAGAUCACUGUGAUCCAAAAUACUUUAAGAAAUCAUCAAACAGCUCGAUAAGCCUUUUUAGCUGUGUAUGUCUGUACCGUAACUGAUGCUUCUGCCCUGAAAUUUUCACAAACUAAGGACGUAACCUUUAACAAAUUCUUUACUCUUAUUUUUCUGACUUCUUGGGCAUUUGUAAUAAUUUUUUUUAAAAAGUAUACUUAAAAAAGUAUUACAAAGAUUUCCUAAGUGUUUUAUAGCAGCCAUCAAAAUUUGACUCUUUUAUUCAUAAAAGAAACUUUCUAAUAGACUUCAGUGAACUUCGUGUUAAUACAGCAGUAUGUAUAUAAAAUCACACUGUCUCCUGAAUGUAGGUUGCUGAGCUGAAAGUAGAACUGCCCGUUGUUAAAUUUAGUGCAUAAUCCUUUCGUGCAGCAUGGACACCCUUGUCGGGGUGUUUGUACGGCUGGUCUCAGUCCGUGUGCUUUCCUCUGGUUUAGUACUAAGAGCAGCCACAAAAUUGUAACCUCAUGGAAACCAUGAGGUUUGGAGUGCCUUAAUCUUUAACCAGUUUCCAAUGAAAUGGUUUAAUACACACUUCUGUUUAAUAA